UUUUGAGGAGAAAAUACCUUUCUAUUGUUUCCUCCAACUUCUCUGUUCUCUCCUCCAUCGCUGGGAGGAGAUGUGAGGGUCAGUGAAACGCAACACUGAGCGCAUGUGUCGAGUAUUAAUCCUCUUACUGCAGCAGAUGCUCGUCUGUCAAUCAACCUGACGCGGGUGCGCGCGCUCGAACUUGACUUGAGAGCGCGAGAGAAAGAACACAGCAGGUGCGCGAGGGAUUCCGCGCUAUCAUUUAACGAUGCAGGAAUGGUAAAUAAAGCAGCUUUUUUACACAAUCAGUGUGUUGACAGCGGCCAUAGGCUUGUUUUGCACCACUAAAGUUGCAUUUGUUUACCGGAAAACGCAAUGCCGUCGCAGGAUGAGGCUGCGCCGGUAAAUGAAGACGAUCACCCGCCUCCGGUUCCACCGCGAGCGACUCUUCCGCGAGACUCCCCGGCGUCCGUGGCCGUAUCUGAGCGCAGGGUCAAGUGUGUGCUGGUCGGGGAUGGAGCGGUGGGUAAAACGAGUCUGAUCGUCAGCUACACCACGAACGGAUAUCCGACAGAACACAUUCCCACCGCCUUUGACAACUUCACAGCAAGAGUUGUGGUGGAUGGAAGACCAGUUCAACUUCAACUGUGUGACAUGGCAGGACAGGACGAGUUUGACCGCCUUCGUCCUCUCUGUUACCGUGACGCUGACGUCUUCCUGCUCUGCUUCAGCGUGGUCCUUCCAUCCUCCUUCAGGAGCGUGACGGACCGCUGGGCCCCUGAGGUUCAGCGCCUCUGUCCGGGCGUUCCCAUCAUCCUCGUGGGCACCCAGUGCGACUUGCGGGAGGAUGUCCAGGUGCUGAUCCGACUCGCAGACGGCCAGGAGAAACCGGUGAGCAGCGACGAGGCCCACCUGUGCGCCCGGAGCAUCGGUGCCGUGACGUUUGCAGAAUGCUCUGCUCUGACACAGAAGAACCUGAAGGAAGUGUUCGACGGCGCCAUCUUGGCGAGUAUGAGGCAUGCGGAGCAGGCGGCAUGGCCGAGGAUUCAGACGCUGAGAGAAAAAACUCCAGAUAAAAUCAAACAGCUCUCAGAAACAUGGUGGAGGAAACUGAGCUGUGUUCAGAGCUUUGACCUUCAGUGAUGCGGAAGUUACGUUACACUGGUGGGUUUGAGUUGCCUUUCUUGCUGAAGUCAGAUGCUUACAAUUUAAAAUGCAUCCUUAAAGUCAAGAUGAAAUCGGACUCACAAACCCAUUUUACUGUGAUGUAUUUCCAAAUUAAACAGGAUAUUCAAUGAGAAACAAUGUAGGACAGGAUUAGUUCACUUCAGAAUG